UGUGUCGUCACUUCCUUCUCCAGUUUCAUUAGCGGCAAGUCAGCUAGCUGCUAACGCAUCUAGGAAUUUAAAAAUCGUUUCUUUCUGUUUUUCCAGACUCCAUCUAAGAUGAAUACGAAACGUUUAAAAUCCGGCUGAACUGCUGCAAUAACUUAUCUCUGUGUCGCAACAGUGACCUCGUCGGGUAUUAUUUGUAGCCACCUGCUAGCAAACGUUGGCUAACUAUAUUCAUUCUAUACCAUUAACUGACUAAGGAUGGCUAGUGCAGCAAAUGCAAACCUAAAUGCAGUCCGGGAGACAAUGGACGUGUUGCUGGAGAUUUCCAGGUUGCUAAACACUGGUUUGGACAUGGAGUCUCUGUCCAUAUGUGUGAGGCUGUGUGAGCAGGGUAUCAACCCAGAAGCCUUGUCUGCUGUCAUCAAAGAACUUCGUAAAGCUUCUGAAACCCUCAAGGCUUCUGAAAACUGCACUAACUGAAUUUGCGGCCUGGAACUUGGAUCAUUCCCAUCUCUGUAUCUGCACCUACCAUGGGCUCUCCAGCCAAUCAGAUUUGUCCUCUGCGUCUCCUAGGUGACUAACUGUUCCUGGUCUGUGCUUUGACUUGUGGCUGAGUUUCCGACUAGAGGAAUCGACCUCAGUCUUCUUCCUAAACACAAUUGUUCUCCUGACUUGAGGCCACGCUCGGCCAUCCUGCCUCAAAUCCUCAGCUGUCAUUUGUAGUUCAGAAUUCAGAGUGGUCUUACUAUUGACUUCCUGCCUUACUUUAAGAGCCUACAUUUGACUUUUGAACAUCAGCUUGUGUUGUACUUCUCAUUAGGAACUGUUUUUAUGAUGCUUUGAAAUGUGUAUAAUGUGUUAUGAAUUGUUUUUUUGUUCUUAAUCUUUUUGCCAUUUCCAUUGUCCAUGUUGUGAUCAAUGAUGGAAAUAAGUCUAAAUUAAAAUGUUACAGUCAAUGGCCACAA